AUGAUUGUGCAUAAGAUAGUAAUCCUCGCAUGGCUGGUGGGACUUGUCUCAGCCGGUGGAGGAGGCGGUUACGCGGGUGGCGCCGCUGUUGGUCCCUACGGUGGACCGGGUAGUGCGGCCGUAGCGGCCGACUUCAAUCCAAUCCUUUUGCAAGGAGUCCGAGGUUAUCCUGGAAUACGAGCUCGAAUCAAUCAACGAGCGUUCCAGUACGCCAGCGGAAUGAUCGGCAAUGUGCUAAAUCAAGAGAUCAAAAAAGCUAGAAUACCACCGAUUACACAGUGCAUUCCGCAGGUCAACGGAUGUGUCCAAAUCUACAAUCUAUACGUUUCACGGUACCGUUGCCCUCAACGAGUUGUCAUGUACCCAGCACCACCAAACAGACUUGUCCUGCAAGUUCAAAACUUGGACAUUGGAAUUACUGGUAAUCUUGGUGGUCAAAUCGUUAUCCUCUUACCCAUAGCACUUACUGGAAUCGUACAAGCCAAUAUUCAUCAGGUGAGAGGAAUUUAUCGCUCGCUGCGCAGCAUUCUUGAGUUCUGGUAG